AACACUAUCUCAGGAAUAGCUAGAAUAUUAUGAACAAUAUCGCACUGCGACGACAACCCUCAAAGCUACCCUGCAUCCAUAAUAUAACACAGAGUCAGCACCAAGUAUGUCUCAAAUAGCCGACGCAGCUGAAUGCAGCCUCAACAGAAAACCCGGGAGGAGAAAUGGCAGAAUCAUCUACUCAAUUCCAAAUAACAUCAAAGAACGGUCUGAACCAUCAGUAGAAAUGGGAUAAAAUCGGUCUUGAGCGCGUCAAGGAGCCAACCCGGACUCUGCUCGAGAAGUGCAGUAAAAUCCCAGACGACCAGAUGGACAACUAUGUUAUGCAAGUGAGAGAUCGAGCAUUUGCGGUGCUUGCGCAUAAGGCCAGUAUGACAAACACACCUAAUAUAUUCCCCCCGUAUAUAUUCAAAGGUGUACCACCCUCCAACCUCUAUAGCUCAGACCUCCGCCCCGAGUUUUUCAACUUGGGCUAUGACCUCUUCCUCGACCGCUCAACCAUCAAGGCCACUUUCAUCCCCAGCGAUAUCUUCGACGACACCUCUGCGCUAUUCCAGCAUCUACCUAGCAAACUCAACAUCAUAAACGCAGCCUCCUUCUUUCACUUUUUUGACUGGGGACGCCAGGUUGCCGUCACGAAACAGGUGGUGAAGUUGUUACGACCAGUGCCGGGCUCCCUUCUCACUGGGCGGCAUUCGGGUAAUGUGCAGCCUGGGAAACGGGAGGGAUCGGAGCUUUGA